AAAGAGAAACCCAUGGGCGGUAGGUUUAUUAGGGUAUCAUAUUACUAGUGUAACACACACACACACACACACACACAGCUCUCUUUGGAGUCUUCUUGUUCCUCUCCUCGAUAACUCCGCUUAAUCCUCAAACUGUAAACAUGUCAACUGUCAGACUUCCUGCCACCUGUAUGGUAAAAAUUGCUCCUCAGACCCAAAGAAAGAGCGUCUUUAUUAAGAGCCCAUCGUCUCUAGGGUCUGCGAGGAGCUUUUCUAAAGCCUUUGGAUUGAAAGCUAGCUGUGGGUUUAGAGCAUCAGCAUCAGCAGUCUACAAGGUCAAGUUGGUUUGUCCAGAUGGUGUAGAGCAUGAAUUCGAGGCACCUUCGGAUACUUACAUCCUCGAUGCAGCUGAGAAUGCUGGAGUCGAACUCCCUUAUUCGUGCAGGGCAGGUGCUUGCUCGACAUGCGCCGGGAAGAUUGUAUCGGGAUCUGUUGAUCAAUCUGAUGGAUCUUUUCUGGAUGAUAAUCAAAUGGAGGAAGGCUAUUUGCUCACCUGUGUUUCUUAUCCAACGUCAGAUUGUGUGAUUCAUACUCACAAGGAAUCUGAUCUUUACUAGUUAUGCUAUCUCAAAUUAUGUCUACGGUCUUGUUUAAGGUGAAACAGUUGGAAAAUUGCUCUGUUCUUGAGAAUGGUCAACUGUAGAGUUCAAUCAGGAACAUAUUGUGUUUAAAUGAUGUUUUUGUGAUGAAACCUUGUUUUAGCUCUUAUUGGUCAUAUAUGUUUCACUUUGCUUAACAAUC